AUGGACCCAAUACUUCUCGAAUCUCCGGCUAUGGCGAAGUCUCCAGGCUUCGGGCGCCUUGCUGGCGGGGCAUACGAGUCCUUGUUGAAGGAUUCCAUUGACCGUUUCCUUGGCGAAAUCCGCAAGGGAACAUGUGAUUUGUCCGGCUUCCUUUCUGUUUUCUUUCGGCUUCUGCAGUCCAGAGCUGAUCCACAGCUGGAGGUCGUGUGGUUCUACUCCGCCGUGAGCUACUACGAGAACUUUUCUUCGGCUAAGGAGGUUUUAGGCCGGGUUUUUGCGGUGAGGGACCUUCUCCAGCUGCUUGCUGCUUGCUCGGUUUCCUGCAGUGGGCAAAAGAGCAUCGCUCUGCUUGCACCUGUCGUGUAUGAGCUGCAGAGGAUUAUGUUGGAUGUCGAGAAGCCCUGCGAGGAAUUCUCCACCAAGGAGCUGAGGAAGCUGAGGAAAGAAAUUUACCUUUUGGUAGAAGGGGUUUCGAGCUACAUCAGCAUUUGCAGUAGCAGGAACUGUGACGGAAAUGGUGCCUCCGAUUGUUUGGUUCCGUGCUUCGUUGAUUUGGUUCGCAUUUGGACGGCGCGGCGGACGGACGGUGGAGACGCUUUACAGGAGUUUUUCCCUUUUGUUAACGAAGAAAUUCGUAAUGCGUUAGCAAAAUCCGGGUGCCAGGUUCGUUAUUUGUCCGGGGUUGUGAUUGCCGAGGUCUUCCUCCUAAUGUUGCGUUUAAAGCUUCAGAAGACGGGAGGUUCGAGUCCAGAACUCAGGAGCGAAUUGAAGGUUUGGGCCGUCGGUUCAAUAACAGGCUUUAAGAGCCUUGACUUCUUCGGUAAUUAUUCACUCCCGUUCACUUGAUUAGUGAUAUGGUAUCUUUCGUUUUCCUCUUUUAAAGAACUCUGGUCAGUGAACAACGAUUCAUGUGCAACUUGACGGGGUAUUCAUUUUAGGCCUAUGAAUAGAAUGGCGUUGAUAUGCUUGAUUUGUUUGUUUUUCAUCCUUUCAUGAUAUUUUCAGAAUACCUACGAAGCUAGAAGGGAGGCCCUCCAUUUUCUAGUACCUGCAUUGUGCGCUAGUAGUUUGAAAACAUCACGUCAAUAAUUUUUUUUCUCUCUUUUUUUUUCAUUGUGCAUUUUAGACGGGAUUCUCUGUUUUUUUAUGAAAAAACCCGCGCUAAAUCACCUUCCAGCUAAUCAAGGACGAGGAAGCCAGACGAUUGCAAAACCUGGCUGUUAACUGUUGACAAAUGGCCAUCUUACGCCUCUCGAUUUUGAGAAUGAGCAAGCAUUUAGCUCCACGAGAAUGCCUUUUAGGAGUUAUUGCAAACACUUUUCUGGACUCGACCAAGUAAUCCCGAUGGUAUCAGUUUUAUUCCUGUAAAAGAAUUUUUACAUAAUAACCAAAUUAUAUUCUGAUCCCCAAAUAAUGGACAGUGAAGGAUAACUGUGAGGUGCAGCCAUCCGUCCUCUUAUACUUGUCAUGUGGUCUUCUAGCACUCUGGCCUUCAUGUGAAACUUUUAGCUCCAGAUUUCCUCUGUUCUGCUCAUGGCAUUUUCACUUAUGAGAUUUUAGAGGGCCGCCAGUGAAACUAUUUCACGAGUGUAUCUGGAAGUCGGUAUGUAGAAAUGCCCAAUCUGACCUAGGCCAGAACAUCAACCGUUGCUUGUUGACAUGGGAUGAUCAAAUUUCAUGCUUCACUAUAGUUGUUCUCGAUCUGACCUCUUCAUGGUAUCUGACAGAGAUUUUACUGGUGUUGCUGCUAAACGGAGAUCUGCCUUCUAGUUUACUUGUGGUAAGCAAUACGCUCAAACAAUUAAGAAUAUAUCGAAACAUUUCAUGGGCAAUAUAUUGUUAUGCGCAUUCUCUUGAAGUAACACAUAUUAGCUGAAAACUUCUCUUGUUUGUACAUUAUGGAUGAAAAGUUUAUAGUGUUUGGGGAGCUUUCAACCUAUGAAAGGGUUGGUCUUUCCAUGUAGUGUGAAUUCAUUUUAAUUCAGCAAAUCAUAGUGUUGCAUGCACCCAUCGUUAUGAUCGCCGACCAGAGUGUAUGUUUUUCUCGGUUUAUUACGAAUACCUUUUUUCUCAGUUUAUUAUGAGCACUCAUAAAAUCAUUCUUAUCAUUCCCCAAUUUCCAUUCCAAGAUUAUGACUAGGUUUUCUUAAAUUGAAUUUCUCCUUGAUGGCUUUUGGUGACUCAUUAUUGUAACGAGCAAUUUAGUCAAAAGAUAGGCAUCAUCAUUGCUAUGCUUCUAGGAUCUGUCUGUUAGAAUACCUUGGGUGUUCCUACAGAGUCACCCGGCAACUUAUCUUUGAAUGGUCAUUCUUGUUUAACACAGACGCAUUCGCUGUUUCAAAAAAUAAGAAAGAGGAAAUCACAGCAGAUCAACAUGUUAGCCAUUGCAAGUUUAGUUUUAUAUGACUUGAAUUGGAUGACUCGGACGAUUCUCCUAUUAAUUGUAAAGGUGUUUAUUAUCAUUACUCACAAACUCUAAAACUUUGAGCUGAUACCAAAGCCAUGUGAUCCAGAAUCCAGUUGAUGAAGCCUUUCUGCGAGAUAUCAUCUACGAUUCAGUGGUACCAGUCGAGUAUUCUUUCCUUUAUCCUGAGAGGGAAGCAGACAAUUUCUCCAUUGAAAAUCUUGACGUGGCAAGGUUGAUAGUUACCCAUCAAGCCAUCCGAGCUGCCCGGUAACUGCAGGGACUUUUUCUUAUAAGAGGCCACACUGUUUAUCUGUUUAUGCUGAUAAAUUCGUUCUGAAUGCAGUGGAAGAGGAGAUCAGGCUAAACUGACAGCAUACCUAAAUGCUUUCUCAAGAUCAGCUCUUCGAUCGUCAUUGACCAAGUUGAUCACCGACAGAGUUGGGGCAGAAAAGCUCGUCGGAAAAAAUGCAGCCUCACCUGAAUCUCUUCUCAGUGGGUUUAUACUCAAAAUUAUGUGUCUUAUUCUUUUUCUAGCUUCUCGACUGACAUGGGUUAUAAUUUUUCUUUUCGCAGAAUGGCUUUUGAACCUUGAAGAUCGUGGUUAUAAGGUGCACAAUUUUGAUCUAUCCAGACUGCAAAGCAAGCUUCUCUUUGAUGAACCAAAGGCUUCCACUGUGGCCAGGCCCUCUGAGUCCAAUAGAAAGGAGGAUGGCGAUAUCUUCUUUUUUGACAGUAAGGGAGGUUCUUCAGCCGAGGAAGAAACUAAUGAUCAGGAAGUAGAGAUGAUGGACGACGUGUUCUUAUCUGCUGCACGCAAUAUGAAAUCAGCUCCGGGGGAUGGGAGAAAACGCAAAGGAUCUAAGGAGGGCGGAGAGAGAGACAUAGCGAGAUUCAUCAGGUACAAGCUCCACAACCACACUGCAAAGGAUAUUCCCGCCCCCUCCAAAGCCGCCGGUGAGAUUAGCGGCGAGAGCGACGUGGAGAACCCCCCCUCUGACGAGGAGAUGGAAGACAGCGAUUGA